AUGGUUCACAUCACCGUCAUGGAUCAGGUGUCCGAGGAGGACGUGAGGCUCCUGUCCCCACCGGCGCCGGCGCCGUCCCCGGCCCCAGCGUCCGUUGGCAGCGGCGCGGCGGGGAGGAGGGUCGGGGAGGCGGAGCGGGCGGCGCAGUACGCGUGCCCGCGGUGCGACUCCACCGACACCAAGUUCUGCUACUACAACAACUACAACCUCGCGCAGCCGCGCCACUUCUGCAAGGGCUGCCGCCGCUACUGGACCCGCGGCGGCGCGCUCCGCAACGUCCCCGUCGGCGGCGGCACGCGCAAGGCCGCCCCCUCCGGCGCCGCCGCCUCCCGCCGCAAGAACCGCCCCUCCAGCUCCCACGCCGCCGCGGCUGCUCAGGUCGCGUCCGUCGUCUCCCAGCUCUCCUCCGUCUCCGCGCCGAUGCCUCUGCCGCUGCUCCCGCUCUCGGUCACCGCGCCGCCGCCGUCGCAGCUGCCGUACCCAGAGCUGUCCUUCGUGUCCACCCUCGCGGCCAUGGACCCCGACCGCCGCCUCCUCGACCUCGGCGGCAGCUUCAGCUCCCUCAUGGCGCCGCCCGCCCCCAUGCUCACCCACGCCCACUUCGCCACCGGCUUCCUGUUCGGCGGCGGCGGUGGCGGCAGCGCGGGCCAAGCUCAUGGUCACGCUCCUGGUCUGCCGCAGCAGCCGCCGGUGGUGUCGCAGGCCGUGCCGGAGGGCUUCUGGGGCAUGGGGUGGCCGGACCUGUCCAUCUAG